AUGUUCACUUACCAACAUCGUCAGCCGGAAGCGCUUUCUGGGCUUUCAUCCGUUGCUACUGCGCAUCACCAUAAGCCAGGCACUAGCUCAAAUGUAGGACUGACCAACUGGGUCUCGUGGUACUAUACACGGAGAAUUGAAGGGGGACAUGGGCAGUACCGAGAAAGCUACAUUGUCAUCAAGGUAAGGCUGUGUGCUGCCGAGACCGAGACGCUGGUUCUUUCCAUCGCUGGUGAGAAACGACUACCGAAAAUUGCUCAGGUUAUGAGUUCGGAAAUCUUUGACACGGUACUAGAAGGACUCGAUAAAUGCCAGUCCUACGACUACUGGAAGCUCCGUAUCGACAAUGCCCUGCGCACCAUCGGCUAA